CCCUUUCCCUCUCUCCGCGGGCUUAUAAAAAGGGGGCGUCGCGGGGACUAGCCAAGCCCCAAAGGCUGGCGGCUGUGAUCGGAGCCUUCCUUGCGGCUUCUGAACGCCAGUGAGUCUCCGCCAGGACGCCCGCGUCGCCAGCCCUCGACUCUCCAGCCCGCGCCUCCGCCUUGCGCUCCCGCGUCCAGGCCACCCGGAAGGAUGCGCUGUGCGCCGACGGCCUCGGCAGCCUUGGUGCUGUGCGCCGCCACCGCUGGGCUGCUGAGCGCGCAGGGCCGCGCGGCGCCCGCCGAGCCUCCCGAGCCGCCGCGCUUCGCGUCCUGGGACGAGGUGAACGUGCUGGCGCACGGGCUCCUGCAGCUGGGCCACGGGCUGCGCGAGCACGUGGAGCGCACCCAGGGGCGGCUGGGCGCGCUGGAGCGGCGUCUGCGCGCGUGCGGGGCGGCCUGCAAGGAGUCCGGGGCGUCCGCCGCGCCCCCGCGCGCGCCCGAGAGUGUGGGCCCCAGUAGCGAGGCUGCCCCCGAGACCCUCGGCAGCCUGCAGACUCAGCUCAAGACCCAGAACGGCAGGAUUGAGCAACUCUUCCACAAGGUGGCCCAGCAGCAGCGGCACCUGGAGAAGCAGCACCUGAAAAUCCAGAAUCUGCAGAGCCAGGUGAGCCUCCUGGCCCCCAUGCACCUGGGCCACAGGAUGGCCAAGCCUGGCAGGAAGAAGAGGCUACCCAAAAUGGCACAGCUCGUUGGCCCUGCUCACAAUAUCAGCCGCCUGCACAGGCUGCCCAGGGACUGCCAAGAGCUGUAUGAAGAGGGAGAGCGGCAAAGUGGACUGUUCCAGAUCCAGCCCCAGGGGUCCCCACCCUUCCUGGUUAACUGCAAGAUGACCUCAGAUGGAGGCUGGACUGUAAUUCAGAGGCGCCAGGAUGGCUCCGUGGACUUUAACCAGCCCUGGGAAGCUUACAAGGCUGGCUUCGGAGACCCCCAAGGUGAGUUCUGGCUGGGCCUGGAGAAGGUUCACCGCAUCACGGGGGACCGCGGCAGCCGCCUGGCUGUGCAGUUGCAGGACUGGGAGGGCAAUGCUGAGUCUCUGCAGUUCCCCGUCUAUCUGGGUGGUGAGGACACAGCCUACAGCCUGCAGCUCACAGCUCCCGUGGCCAGUGAACUGGGUGCUACCACUGUGGCACCCAAUGGCCUCUCCCUGCCCUUCUCCACUUGGGAUCAAGACCACGACCUCCGUGGGGACAAGAACUGUGCCAAGAGCCUCUCUGGUGGCUGGUGGUUUGGCACCUGUGGCCAUUCCAACCUUAACGGACAGUACUUCCGUUCCAUCCCACACCAGCGGCAGCAGCGUAAGAAGGGCAUCUUCUGGAAGACCUGGAGGGGCCGCUACUACCCGCUGCAGGCCACCACGAUGCUGAUCCAGCCGACAGCGGCUGAAGCAGCCUCCUAGCCUCCCCACUGGGGCCUGGCUCCCAGGCUCGUAGACAACAGUGACUUUGACUCUGGCCCAGCGUGUGGCCACUCCCUGCUCAGGCAGGGGCUCGAGACGGGGGCCAUCUGGAGCCUCACGGACAGAGAAGAUGCUCACGACUGGAGAUGCCCCCUUUCUGAGUGGCGGGGUGCAGGUGAUACCCUCUGAGGGCAGAGCUACAGGGUUGCAGGGCACAGAGCCAGGAAGCGUGAGACGGAGGGGCAUUGAGGCCCGCUCCUUGCCCGCCUAAGGAGUCGAGGACACAGAGGGACCACUCGGGGGCAGCCGAGCCAGCCCUCGACGGCGGAUUCAGUCACAUUGACUGGCUGGGGGACCAGGGCUCCCGUGGGCCCCCAGUGCCCUCACGGUGCUCUCGUGUGUGGGUGCUGUGGGAUGAGCCGGUGCCAAUGACAUCCGGGUGGAGCUCACCAAAUUCUUGCAAUAAAAGCAACCUCAGCACA